CGAUUUAAAUAUAAACAAAAUUUUUCCCACAGUUUAGAUAAAAUAAGUUUACAUUUCAAACCGGGAUUUUCCCUAUUAUUUCAGAUGUUAAAUGGAUUAAUAUUAAUAUGUUUAAUUAAAUAUAUAGAUGGACAUUAAAGUUAAUUGAUGUCUACUUUAAUUUUGUCCAGAGAGGAUAAAAAAGUGACUAAUUAAAAAGUGAGUUAAUAAUUUCCUAAACAGAUAGUAUAACUUCCGCUUUUAACUAAACUCUUGUCAGUUAAAGCAUUUACAAACGUGUGUGAUUUUGGAAAUAUAAAAAGUAUGGAUGAAAAAGUGUACGCUCUCCGACUGACGGGAGAGCAAAAAGCCGGAAUACAUUCGUUGUUUCAGGAGAGAGGAUGGAGGCUCGAACUUGAUACCAUAGACAGAUAUAAAGAAAAGGAGGAGGUUGCGGGGGAUUACAUAACAAUCAACCGUGUGAACGGUCGGGCAAGUCCGGAGGAAUGCAAAGAAAGUCCGAUAGCGCGACGCAGACUCCGGAGCGAGCCGACAGCGUCUAUAAGUGAAGACGACCAGAAAAGGCUACAAGAUAUGAAGAAAAUAGGAUCGUCAUAUACGCAGUCUUUUAAAGGUACAUUUAAGGCGGGCUCUGUACGAAAAGAAUCUGGUCUUGAAGUGCCGCCUAGUGCAAGUUCAGCACCGCAAGGUCAAUGGAGGUUGUCGCAUAUGCCCGGAAGUAGCGGUGGGGAUCAGCCGGAAGUUGAGUCAUGUGAUAUAAGCUUUAAGCAUUUUCUUGUAGCAGACGACAAAUCGAUUCAGGUGAUAACUCGCUUGAGCACUGAGCACGUGCAUACCGUGUCACGUGUCCCCGUACGAAUCGUGUUAUUGAUUGAUAGAAGCGGAAGCAUGCUGCACAAACUAGGUCGAGACAGUCGCCAUACAAAAAUCACCAAGGUAAAACAGUUUGCCAGCCAGCUGUUGGCGAGCCUGGACGAUGAUGACGAGGUAGGCCUGGUCACUUUUGGUGAAGACGCCGAGGUUUUCUUUCCACUGGAGAAACUUACAGCUAAAUCUAGGCCUGUGUUACAGCAUCGGUUGGAGAAUCUAGAUCGUGGAAACAUGUCACGUGUUACGAAUCUCAGUGCCGGACUUAAAGCGGCUCUGAAAGUGUUCUUUAAUGCAUCCAAAAAGGAGUCAGACUAUCUAGAAAGCAAGAAUUCCAUUUUGGUAUUCUCUGAUGGAGAGAUUAACGCUGGCACGACCGACACAAACUCUCUGUUACAUGAGGUUAGACAAAACAUUCGACAGAUGGUCCCUAAACUGGACGAUUCACAGAAUCAGUGGGUAACCAUUUCCGUCGUGACCACAGGAAGUAACAUUUCCGAGCAGGCAUAUAUGUUGUCAAAAACGUGUAGCAGUGAGGCGUACUAUUAUAUUAGCAAAGAUGCUGUUGAUCCGGAAGCGGACCUGUUCCUUCCGGUUCUUCUCCGGAAGUCAGCCGUUGCUUGGAAUAUCUCGUAUGUUAUCAAAUUGUCCCAUGGUAUGACGUUCGACGAUGAAAAAUGCUCAAGAGACAAUAGAAUCCGCUUGAGAAGAUCUAGUUACGGUUCAGGACCGCGCGCAGAAAAGGCCUAUUUCAUGUACGAUUUUGCCGCCGAUCACUCCCGGCAGAUAGGCGUGGGUGCAAACUGGGACGGCGAGGAAUCAAUACAACAUCUUCCUAAUGACCAGCAGUUAUUCAAACUGAGAGUCGAAUAUACAAAUAUCAAAGGUGAUCGUCUCUGGCAGGAACAAAUUAUUACGAAAGAAGAUGUCAUCGACGCUCUUCACAAACGGCCGAACUCGGAGACAAACAUUGCUGCCCGAAAACACGAGGUCCAGAUGGUUUCUAGUGACGUGUUACGGUUUGCAGCUGAGCAUAUGAAAGUGGGCGAUAAAAGAAAAUCAAAAGCCGUCAUGCUCGAAGGCCAACGGGAUUUACAGUCGUUGCUGAACAAAUUUGGUGAACAAUCUUUGGAGCGAUCUCAAAGUCAAAGUAGCAUCGAAAUUCAAAUGUAUGCCAAGAGUGUUGUCGACAAUCUGGGGGCUCUAAUCGACACAAUAGAGCAAACGACGGAAGGUGAGUCUUGGAACAAAAUGAAAGCAGUUUCAACAGCAAUUUCUCGAGAAACUCCUAACGUUGCUGGAACCGUGGUUGGCGAUGAUAUUUUAUGUCCUUUGCCCCAACUUCAAGGCACUGGAACGCAUAUGAUGUCAGAUCCAUUGCAGCGAUUGAUGGCAAAGAACAAACAAAAGAAGAGAAGGACCAUAGGCCUGGAUACACUGUUAGAGGACCUGCAACUUUCAUAGCCACGCGUAUAACAUGUUAGACAUUAACCUGUGUUUAAACACUUGAAAUUUGUAUAGAACAUGCCUUUUAAUUCAUUUUAGGACACAUCCGAGCAAAUAGUAUGUACAAGUUUAGAUAUGGUGAAUACUGAAAACAGAUACGUAAUUAGGAUUCAUUUUAAAACAACAUUUAAUUUAACAGUAUUAUUAAUGCAUGCUCGCAUAGUUUGCUAUGUCUAAAAUAUUCAUUCUUUAUGUUUAUGCGAGCACAAGAAUUCUAUUUGAAACAGAUUUUUUACAAACAAAUAUCGUUAUCAAAAGAUGUGCACUUUUGCUAAAAGGUCCGUCUAAAUUUUGCCAUUUCCGAUUGAAUAUCUGUGAGAAUACAAUAUCACAUUUCGUGCCACUACAGGAAGUAAAUAGCAGCCAUAUUUCGCAAUUCAGGAUACAGCUUCCGGAAUUUCCGGAAAUAAUCCAGUGGCGCGUGAACACAAAGAAAGCAGACAACCGACCACAACUCUUGAAUAUGAAACACAUUUUAAUAAUGAACUUUGUCGGUUCAUGGAAACGUCCUCGAAAUCUCAUCACAAAAUACAAAAGUAUCUUAUCAAAUCUGCAUUCAUUAGUUUCGCAUUCAUAAAAUAAGGAGACGGUAAUUAAGCGGCGUUAGUUUCGAAUUCAGAUUAGGACGAACUAGGAUUAAAUUGUGCAAAUAAAUCUCUCUUAUACACGCUAGUCCCUUAUUGCCUGAUAAUGAUACAAAAAAUCACAUUCUUUUAAAAUCUGGUUGAUAGGGAUCAAUAACCCUUUGAAUUUCAAUGAGACUAAUUAUGGAGGCAUUUCUAGAAUUACCCGAAGAUUCCUACACAUUAUCAUAAUGGGUUGUUGGAACGAAAGUUUUAAACAAAUAUCGAUAACUCUUCAUUAUCAAGUUAGCAAUAAUUUAUUCUCCUUAAGAUAGGACAUGUGAAUACUUGGAGUUGAUUUUUUAACUGGAGUGGUACGAUUCAGUUUGCUUAAUCAAAACCGACCUCUCAUUUAAGGGCAUCGAUGAAACAAACAUGGCGUUUUUUAUUUUUAUUAACUUCUGAAUUUGUCUAAUUGAUUUGCCUUGAUUUGGAUAUGGAACGGUCUAUUAAAAGUUAAAUGGUUUUCAAUAUCAGUAAUAAGUACAGAAAUUAAGCUACCAACAGUAUAAAGCAUUAUCAUAAUGCUUGGGUACACGUUGGCCUUGCAUUUUUAUUGGUGCCAAGCCAAUUACGUGCUAUUCCAGCAGCUUAAAAGUUAGGUCUAAAUUGUUUGCAAUCUUGAACUUAUUUGUAAAUAAUUAACAUGUGAUUGUUUAUUUAUUACUGAACUCUUCAAGUGUAGUAAUGUAAUUUAUUUACUGCUCGUGCCUUUGUCUAUUAAUUAUUGCGUAAUAUUCACUUCCUAUAUAUUUAUGAUGUUGAUGUGUUUUAUAUAUCAUUGCUUGCGUCAUUAUUCUUUUAUGUUUUCCAAAAAAACAAUCGCAAUUUUAUAGACUCUAGUUUGGUUAUCUGUUCAAAAAUAAACAUGUGGCUAAAUAAAUUAUACAUUAAUAUUUGUCUUAAAAUCGAAAAAAGAGCGUUUGAUUAUUAAAAGUGAACUGAUCAUUAA